AUCUAAGCACUGAUAGAGAAUUAAAUCCAGUGGUGCUUCCAAUGCGAAACCUUCCUCUCCGUUUUCACGCCGUUGAUGCUGUCGGGUCAUGGACGGUGAAGAUUCUCCGGAAAAUCCGACAGACAAGGACGAGGAUGAGGCACCGCUUGUUGCGGAGUCUCUGUCCAGAAUUCUACUUGUCGAUGCUCCCAUUCUUUUGUUCGUUUGUUUCCACAAAGCUCUACGCGCCGACCUCGCUGACCUCCGUCACAUGGCGGUCGUGGCUUUGGAGCGUGUCUCCUACGACCGUGAACUCAUACUCGAGCUCCACCGGCGGCUCGAGUUCGUAAGACUUGUAUAUAAGUAUCACUGUUCCACCGAAGACGAGGUGAUAUUUUUAGCUCUAGAUAUUCGUGUUAAAAAUGUGGCGUGUACAUAUUCACUUGAGCAUGAAAGCAUCGAUGCUCUCUUUGACUCUGUUUUCGAUGGCUUGAAUGGUUUGCUGAAGGGAAAUGAAGAUAUGUCCAAGUCAUAUAAAGAACUUGUUUUUCAUAUAAGCACCAUCCAGGCCUUCAUAUGCCAACAUAUGCUGAAAGAAGAAGAACAGGUUUUUCCUUUGCUGAUGCAGGAGUUCUCUUCUAAAGACCAAGCUUCGCUUGCCUGUGAAUUUCUAUACAGUAUUCCUGUAAUACUGCUGGAGGCUAUUUUUCCAUGGAUGGCAUCCUAUCUCUCACUGGAUGAGAAAGUAGAUGUCAAACAUUGUAUAAAAGAAAUUUUAUCUGAAGAAACAUCACUGCAAGAGGUCGUAAUUUCUUGGCUUGAUAAAGAUAUCCAAUCCUAUUUUUUGGCCCAUGGGAAAGGAGUAGAAAAUUUUGAUGAAUCUGAAAAUAUGAGAAGCAUACCAAAAUUGCUUUCAUCUAAGAGGCAUAGUGGAGAAAGUUGGCAUCAGAAGAAAACAUACAGUCAACAAACACGCAUAGGACACAAUCAAUGUGAUGGUCUUCUGCUUUGGCAUAGAGCAAUAAGGAAAGAUUUGGGAGGAAUUCAGGACAACCUACAUCAGAUAAAAUGUUCAAAGGAUUUCUCAGAUCUAGAUUCAGUAGUAUUCCAGCUAAAAUUCUUUGUUGAUGUUCUAAUCUUCUACAGCGCUGCACUGGAAAAAUUCUGUUAUCCUGUAUUAGAUGAACUUCCAGCUAGCUGCCGGUCUCCACCCAAAGUGCAAUUUCAAGUUGAAAGCUUACAGCAGCUAUUAAACUGUUAUAUUCAAAAUGGGGUACCCAUGUGCAUGUAUGUAGACAAGCUUUUCUAUGAACUGGAGUCUUUUGUGAUGGAUAUCAGCAAACAGUUCACUAUUGAAGAGACAGAGGUAUUCACCAUCUGUCACCAGAAAUGCAGCCUUGAAAUGCAGCAAAAGCUUCUAUACAAGACACUUCAUAUGAUGCCAUUUGGGUUGCUGAAGUGUGUGAUCAUCUGGUUUUCAGCUCAAUUAUCUGAGGAUGAAUCUAGGUCCAUUCUUCGUAGCAUAAAUCACGGAGGCUCUUUAGUCAAUGAAUCAUUUGCGUACCUCUUAAAUGAAUCGUUCCAUAUUGGCUAUUCAGGUAAGACCUCUGUUGAAAACUUCAUAAGGGAGUUGCAGAAAAUGUUCAAGAGUAGACACUCUUUUCUCCCUGAGCAAAUCAAGGAGGCUGUCGUAUAUUCUUCCUUAAAGCCAGAUUUGCAACCUUGUAAAGGAAUAAAACAAAGGCAAAUGGAGCAAAUCUCUACCAUCAAUAACAACAAAUGUUCAUCUUUUUCUUCUUCUCUUGAUUCCACCUGUACUAAGGAGUAUGAAACAUCCUACUCCUGUGCAACCACUCUAGACAUAUUUUUCCCUCGGACAUUAAGGGCAUUACACCCCUCCAUUAAAUUUUUGGUUGAAAAUUGUUGUAGCAGUUCUAAAACAGAUGGACCAAUUCCAAUAGAUCUCAUGUUUUUCUUCCAUAAGGCAGUCAAGAAAGAUUUGGAAUACCUUGUCCAUGGUUCAGCUCGGUUGGCUGAAAAUGCUCUGUUGCUUAUGGAUUUCCAGCAGCGCUUCCAUCUCAUACAGUUUCUAUAUCAAAUUCACAGUGAGGCAGAGGACGAGGUUGCAUUUCCUGCAUUGGAGGCGAAAGGAAAAGUCCAAAAUAUUAGCCAUUCUUACUCUAUUGACCACAGAUUAGAAGCUGAACAUUUUAGAAAGAUAUCCGACAUUCUAAAUAAGAUGGUUGAAUUGCACAUGUCAGCUUCUAGUAUGGAUUCAAACAUACAGGAUCAGAGAAUGUUGAAGUACCAUCGGUUGUGCAUCAGGCUCAAUGAUAAAUGCAAAUCUCUGCAUAGAUUGUUGUCAGAACAUGUCCAUCGUGAAGAAACUGAACUUUGGCCCUUAUUUAGAGACUGCUUUUCUAUUGAUGAGCAAGAAAAGAUCAUAAAAUGCAUACUUGGAAGAAUGUCAGCUGAAAAGCUACAAGAUAUGAUACCCUGGCUAACAGCAGCAUUAACACCACAAGAGCAACAUACUGUGAUGUCCUUAUGGCUCAAUUCCACAAAAAAUACAAUGUUUGAAGAAUGGCUGGGAGAAUGGUGGGAUGGCCAUGAUGUCAUUAAGGUUGCAAAGAAGCCAAGUGUUCCUUCUUCAUUGACUGCAGAUCCUUUGGAGCUUAUCUCAGCAUACUUUUCCAAUGAAGUUUUGGGACUGGGAAAAGAAGAAACUUGCUGCAACAAAGUCAGUGAUUUUGCAGAGAAAGGUAGUGAUGGGACUUGUUUUGGGUCAUUAGAGAAUUAUAAUAUGGAUAAAAAACUUUCCACUGAAGAACAACGUAUUUACAAAUGGUCAGAAUGUACAAAACAUUCUGGUGAGGGCGACAAGAAAGGAUGCAAUAAAGCAAUGGAUGUAGAGGAAUCGUUUGAUAAACCAAGUGAAAUUUUUCCAGAAAGUCAGAAGUCUAGGAAUAAUGACAGCGUUCUCACAAUGAGUCAAGAAACUCUAGAGGUUUUGAUAAGAAGAGUAUCCCAAGAUUCAUCCUUAGAUCCUCAGAAAAAGUCAUACAUAAUCCAAAACCUGUUAAUGAGCCACUGGAUCACUGGACAACAGAUUACCCAUUCAAAAGAAUCCAUCUCACGUGAUGGGGAAGAGAUUCCCGGCCAGUAUCCAUCCUAUCAUGACCCUGUCAAAUUGGUCUUUGGUUGCAAACACUAUAAGAGGAACUGUAAGCUCAUGGCCACUUGCUGCAAUCAGCUUUAUACAUGCAUACGUUGCCAUGAUGAGGUAGCGGGUCAUUCAUUGGAUAGGAAAUGUGUAACAAAGAUGAUGUGCAUGAAAUGCUUGAUAAUUCAGAGAGUUGGGCCCACAUGCUCAACUGUUUGCUGCAAAAACUUAUCCAUGGCAAGAUAUUAUUGCAGGAUUUGCAAAUUAUUUGAGGAUGAAAGGGAAAUCUACCACUGCCCUUAUUGCAAUCUGUGCCGAUUAGGGAAGGGAUUGGGCAUUGACUAUUUUCACUGUAUGAACUGCAAUGCUUGCAUGUCGCGAUCUCUUUCAAAUCAUAUAUGCAGAGAAAGAUGUUUUAUGGAUAACUGUCCAAUCUGCCUGGAAGAUAUGUUUUCAUCAAAUGCUCCCGUGAAGGGCCUUCCAUGUGGUCAUUUGAUGCACUCAGCUUGUUUUAAGGAUUACACUAGAAUUCACUAUACCUGCCCUGUCUGUAGCAAGUCACUUGGUGACAUGCAGGUGUAUUUUAGGAUGUUAGAUGCAUUGUUGGCCGAGGAGAAAAUUCCAGAGGAGUAUUCUGGCCAAACUCAGGUGAUACUAUGUAAUGAUUGUGAAAAGAGGGGAGCUGCUCCUUUCCAUUGGCUCUAUCACAAAUGCCCAUCUUGUGGAUCCUACAACACUAGGCUUCUAUGAAUGUGCUCACUAGAAAAAAGAAAAAGAAUAUGGAACGCACUGAUCUUGCAGUCUGGCUUCUUGAUCAAUUGACACUGGUCAGACUGAAGCAUGCAGCAGCACUCUUCAGUUCAUUCUCUGCAACGUGC